CAUUUUCCACCAGUGUCUGAGUGAGGCGGCUGACGAGACUGACGGAAAAAAGACACAUGUCAGGAGUUCGCUUUAUCAAGCAUUGUUCUACACAAAACCUUGCAAAGACGUGAAAUCACAAAACCCUCUGAAGAUGAACAUCUCCAACAACAACUCAUGCGACGGUGAGUGGACUGCCGAUUUCCAGUUCUACCUCUUCCCCAUCACCUACAUCCUUGUGAUGGUGUUUGGUCUGCUGGGGAAUCUGGGCGCUCUCUAUAUCUUCAUCUUCAAAUCAGAGCACAAGUCCUCCUCAAGAGUUUACAUCAUAAGUCUCGCUGUGGCUGACACCAUUUUCCUGUGCGUUCUCCCCUUCCGCAUUCACUACCACCUCAGUGGCAAUGACUGGACCUUCGGAAAGGUGGCGUGUCGCCUGACGGGUACAAUCUUCUUCGCCAACAUCUACAUCAGCAUUGCCUUCAUGAGCUGCAUCUGUGUAGACCGCUACCUGGCCACCGUCCAUCCCCACACAUACCUGCGGCUCCGUAACACACACCGCACUGUAGCCGUGUCUGCCUGCAUCUGGAUACUUGGAGGGGCGGCCAUUGUAGCCUUCAUGUUCACAGCUCCAGAUAUGCACAUCACCUCAGGACGGAGAAGCUGCUUUGAGAACUUUUCAGAGAAUGAAUGGAAGACGAGACUGGCUCCAUACAGCGCCUUCAGCCUGGUAUUCGGCGCUUUGCUUCCUUCAAUCAUCAUCUUGGUGCUCUACCCAGUGGUGGCACGUCGGAUCGCGCGUAUCAAGACACGAACUGCGCGUGGUGCCUUGAGGAUCAUCUACACCAUCCUGGCCAUCACGGUGCUCUGCUUCUUGCCCUACCACCUAGUGUACUUGCUGCACCUGCUGUGGCGAACUCAGGUCAUUCAUAGCUGCUCAGUAGCUGAUGUUAUCUAUAAAGCGAGGCGUAUUACCAUGGCGCUGGUCAGCUUGAACAGCUUACUUGACCCUGUGCUGUAUUACUUCGCCACCAGCCACUGCAAGUGGAAUUUCAAGUUGCUGAAGCCAAAGAAGAAAAGAGGCGUCUACGUCAUCUCAGAGAGGUUACAAGCUCAGUGAAGAAACAAACUCUAUUGUUGAGAUUUCUAAGAAUCCCCAUUGGCAAAGAAAUAAGCAGGAAAAAGGAGGGGUGUCUAUGUGACUUAUAAAGCUUAUGUGUGCAUUGGAAAGAUUUUAAUACUGGGGUACACAAAAGCUGGUGGUCAAAAUUUAACGAAAAAAUUAAUGAUGAAAUAUUUGUACAAAACUCUUGUAUAUACAACACAAACAAAACCAAAAGGAACGAUCAAAUCCAAUGACUUUUCCAUGAAAUCAUGUACACUCAGUAUUUAAUCAUGUUGUUGUUAUAAGCUUGAUGAAAGAGAAACUUGAUGAAAGGAACGGGAAAAAAAUGUAAUUAGAGCAGCAGUGUGCAAUGUAACUUCACCAAAAAUAGUUGUUUGGUUUAAUGGUUUAGUUCCAGUCAGCCAUGUUUUGGUCUUCUGUGCAUCUGAUUAUGAAUACUUUCACCACUGUGUAACAGUUAUAAACAUGCAAGAAGUAGCAGCAGAGGUAGUGAUGUAACAUACUUACAGCAGUCACUGAGUUUAUUCAUAUUCGAUACCAAGAAAUGGAGGCUGAUCUCAUGUUCAGGUGGAAGGGUCAUGAACUCCAACCUACACUUUUGAUGAAUCUCAGCCAGACACAAAGAGAUGAGAACCAUUGGAAUAAGCGACCUGCUGGGUACAUGGUAAUAUAUUUUAUAGGGGUGUGCAUUGGCACAGCCCUCACGAUUCAAUUCGAUUAUGAUUCGGAGGGUAACGAUUCGAUUCAAUCCGAUUCUACGAUGCAUUGUGAUGCGUUAAAAUUUUACUGAAAGCAAGGCAAAUUUUUCAGUAGUCAUGAGGCAAUACAAGCAGUCAGAUACUGAACAACAUUUUAUUGGCUGUUGUAUCACUCCUGUUUUAAACAAAAUAAAAUUGAAUGUUAUAGAGUUUCAAAUAUGAAAAAGAAAACAAAUUACAGCUGUUUAGUGUUUUUAGCGUUAAUAAUAACCUGUCUCUCGCAGUCCUCUUCCUCCGCCUCAGCCAUCUUGCUAAGCUAGUGCUCUCUCGACUGGCAUGCAGCUACAGACUGCGCAUGUCUGUGAUGUUGCUCCGGAAAUGCCCACGGAAGUUUUUUUUUUUUUAAUACGCUGAAUCGAUCUGGCAUGUUGCCGAAUCGAUGCUGAAUCGUCCAUGCCCCGCAUUGCGAUACAUUGCCGAAUCGAUUAUUGUUGACACCACUAAUAUUUUAAUCAGUAUUUUAAUAAUAAUAAAAAAAAAAAAUCAGUGGGGAGUUUAACCAUCAAUUGUGAUGAACUAGUGAAACCAUGAAAAUGUCAGAUAGUUAGGAGUUCUUUAAAUGAGGGGUUUCAGUUUCCAAACUCUCACUUGGACUGCAGUAAAGGAAGAGUUUAUUCCUCAGUGGGAACAUUUUAUAGUCAGCAGAGAAAAAGGAAACGGUAUGGAGGAUGACAGAACUGAAAAUUUGGUGAAAUUCUUAUUUGUUUAGAAACUUUGUUUAAUCCUAUCUUUGCUGGUGCAAAAAUAAAAAUGGAUUGUAUGCUACACCUAAA